AUGGCUGCAUACAAGCCACCCGUCAAGUCUUCUGUCAGCAAAAUACGGUCCCCUCGAUGGUCGUCUGGCAAUAUGAACAAUAACACUGGUGGUGGAAUCUCCGAUAAGCAGUCGCAGUCAGAGUCGUCGUCAAGACAGCCAUCGAAGCAACGCGCCUCGGCCGCUGUCAGCCUUCCAACCGAAGGUGCUUCCAGACGAUCAUCGUCACCACCAUCCUUUCAAGAACGCAUGCGAGGAGUUUUGAACGAAGAAAGCGAACGGGCCCGCAUUGCCACUCGCAAGAAGCAAUCCAUGCCUCAAAACGUCUUUGAAGUGGAAACCUUGCAGGCGUAUCAAAAGUUGGUGGCCUCCAACAACAAAUUGGUGGUGGUCCGAUUCUACGCUCCCUGGUGCCGGGCCUGCAAGGCCAUUCAACCCAUCUUUUACAAAAUGGCCCAUCAAUUCCCCAAUGUCGUCUUUGUGGAUGUUCCUUGUCACGCCAAAAAUGCCAAUCUCCAUCAAGGCUUGGGAGUGCCAAGUUUGCCCUAUGGUCACAUUUACCAUCCCACCUCAGGCCUCGUGGAGGAAACCAAAUUGUCGCGCAAGCAAUUUCCACAAUUGGCCCGCAAAUUGCAAGCGUACGUCCAAGGACGAUGCGAUUUGUUGGAAGUGGGGGAUGUGAGUUGUCCCUACUUGCCCGUGGUGGUGGACGAUGCAACAGGUACUACUAGCACUACUGAAGGAGAGCCCACCAAUCCUAUCGCACCUUGA